UUAACCAAAGAAGAAGCAGUGACCAGGUCGCGCUCUGGGUCCUUCCCUCCUCGCACGUGGGCACGGUGGGUCUAGCUCACAGUUUGGCGUCGUAGCUCUGAUUUAAAACCAGGUUCCGCGAUGGACGCUGACGACCAGUCCACCCACAACACCAGCGCCUCCCCGGACCGGGACCGGGACCGGGCGGCAGGCCCGUUCACCCAGGUGGCGAGUAAGAAGCGCCAGAAACGGAAACGGGGACACGGCGGAGCGGAGAUGGACUCGGAAGACUCCGCGGCGGUGAAGCGACCGCACUUUCCGCCCAUUUCAGGCGACAACUUAAAGGGAGGAGCCGAUGAGGUGCGUAAGGUGGCCGUCCCAGCGCACAGGUACACCCCCUUGAAGGAGAACUGGCUUAAGAUUUUCACUCCCAUCGUGGAGCACCUGCAGCUGCAGGUCCGCUUUAACCUCCGAACUAGAAACGUGGAAAUCAAAACGUGUAAAGAAACUCAAGACAUCGGCUCCCUUGCCAAAGCAGCGGACUUCGUCAAAGCCUUUGUGCUUGGCUUCCAGGUUGAGGAUGCCCUAGCUCUCAUCAGACUUGAUGAACUUUUCCUAGAAACAUUCGAUGUCACAGAUGUAAAACCGCUAAAGGGGGACCACUUAUCAAGAGCCAUUGGCAGGAUAGCGGGGAAGGGAGGAAAAACCAAAUUCACCAUUGAAAAUGUCUCAAAGACUCGCAUCGUAUUGGCAGACACAAAAGUCCACAUAUUAGGAUCUUUCCAGAACAUUAAGAUGGCCCGGACAGCAAUAUGCAACCUCAUCUUGGGAAGUCCACCUUCAAAGGUCUAUGGCAACAUCAGGGCAGUUGCUAGCAGGGCUGCAGAGAGAUUUUGAAGUCCAGUUGGCUGCUGCAUGUACUUACCUCCUCCCUCACUGACUGAAUUCUCAACUUGGUCUGUGUUUGGCGGACAUGGUUUGUUGAUGAGACUGCUCUUCGCCUUAAGACAUUUGAAUUGGUCUUUCUCAGGUUCCUCUACAGUGGACUCCAUCAUCAGCCAGUUGUUGGUGUCAUGGCAACCAGUUGUUUGGAGGAUCUGCCUCCAAAUAUAAUGCACGAUUGUUAGAACAUUGAUAUAUGUUGUUGGUGGCAUAUUUGGUUGGCAAGAAUAACUUGUGUAAAUAAAUAACUUUAAACCCAUAGUUUGA